AUGAAAAUGUUAAUAAAAUUUGUUUUGUGUUGCGUUUUCCUGCAAUUUCGCUGCAGUUUCGCUGCAAUUUCCAUCCUAAAAGCGGAAACUUCUGGCAAUCUCACAAUCCCUAAAUACAUCAGCUUUCUCGUCAACGAGAACAACAAACAAGAUCAAACUCACAAUUAUGACGUGGUUUUAAUUCGAUUGGAACUUCAACAUCAAAACGAUACCUUUGAAAAUAUUCGCGAAGAGUUGCUGAAAGUUAAUCGCGACAAUCCGAUUCUCACUUUUGAUUUGUUUGAUGAAAGUCAACCGAAGGUUCAAUUUCCUCAGAUUUACGCUGCAUCUUUCAUUAUAAUUGUCACUGACCUGACCGAUUCCGCUUUAUUCUAUCAAAAGCUUUCAGUUGAAUUCUAUAAUAAAACUUUCAGUGAUUCUACAAAAUUUGGAUUGAUUACUUCAAAAAAAAGUUCAAAAAGUAUGAAACAAUUUUUCACUAUACUUGAUUACUUAGGAUUCAUUAAUCUCAUAAUUUUGAGGGACGAUGACGAUCACCAAAUAAAGAUUUACACAUUCAAUAAAUUCGGGAAAAUAAUUUACGCAAUUAGCAGCGAAGAUCGCUGGAAUUUUCCUGUGGUUUUUCCUGACAGAUUGAAAAACUUAAACGGUUAUCAAUUCCCAAUGCUGUUUAUUGAAGAAUAUUCGAGAUGUACGAUCGUGAAUGAUGAAAUCGACGGAAUUAAUUUCAGAGUCUUGAAAAUGUUUAUGAAUAAGUACAAUGGAGCUAUGAGCUUAACCGCUUCAGUCAACCCUGCUGAUCCUCAAAUCUCAAUCAAAAUUCAAAAUUAUUUUUCUAAAAAUCUGGCAGGAAUUUCCCUUUCGACAAGCGUUAAACUCAGUGAUUGGAAGAAGUGGAUUUACACUUAUGACGAGAACGGAUAUUGUGCGUUGAUUCCAAGGCCACCAAGAUUGACAUUUCUGCACUUCAUUUUGACGCCAUUCGAUGGACUUUCAUGGACAUUUAUGAUCAUUUCAAUUGUCGUUUGCAGCAUAUUCUGGAAACUUCUCACCCGUUCUUACAACUAUUUAAAAAGCAACUCGCCAUUCUUCUUCAUCUUCGGAGUGAUUGCAAACUUCUUGGGACAAUCGAUUCCAUUCAGAAAUUCUCGACGAAUUCAAAAGCUUUUGCUUCAACUUUGUGUUCUUAUGACGUUCAUUAUGGGAAAUGCUUAUCAGUCUCUGAUCAUUGCUUCGAUGUCAACAUCUCGUGACGGUCGAAAAUUUAACACUUGGCAGGAAAUGUUCAGCAGCGAUUUGACUUACGAAGUUGGUGAAAUAUUUUACGUAAGUUUGAAGGAGUCUGGCGACUUUCCAGACGUCAUCAACCGAAUGAAUGUUGCUAGAGAAAUUCAAUUUGAGAAACUUUCUUUGCAAAAUGUUGCAAUUAUACUUCGGUGCAAUGAUAUUCAAACUGAGAUUGACUACAACAAAGACGUCGAUGUCAUGAAACAUUUUUAUCUUUUACCUGGAAAGUUGACGCCUUUCAUUGAAAAGUUUGCUUUAGCUCCAUCAAAUCCACUUCUUGGAAUUCUUCAAACGAACUUUAAUUACAUUUUUGAGUCAGGAAUUCGUCAAUAUUUAGAGAGAUAUUUUCAAGGGCUACGUAAAAAAAAUGUCGAUGACAUAACAAAAUUUAUCAUAAAUGAAGAUUAUUUGUUGACUAUGAACGAUGUUUAUGGAAUUUUCUUGAUUUUAGUGGGUGGUUAUGUUGUCAGUUUCUUUGUUUUUAUUUGUGAGUUGAUUUGGAGACACCUCAAGAAGAUUGCCAACUCAAAAAUCAGAGCAAAUCAGGAAAGAAAAAUUUAA